AUGCCGCCCAAUACCGCGCCCAAGCCCCGAAGACACAAGAAGCGGAAGUCCAGAACGACAGUGGAGUCAGAUAUUAGUUCAUCUUCCGACAGCGAGCCGGCCGGGACGACGACGACGACGAAGAAGAAGAAGAAGAGUGUAUCGCCAUCAGCUAAAAUUCGAGCUUCAAAUACCCAAGCCCAGGCCCAGAGCGAUUCAUCGAGCUCGUCGGAGGAGGCUCCUGAGCCAACGUCAUCAUCAUCGAAUAAUGAAUUGACAGACGCUCAGAUCUCAAAAGAGUUUACGCAAUUCUAUAUGGAGCGUGCAACCCGAGAGUUCGAGGACGAUCUCGAGAAAUUGCGUACGAGCGAGGACUUCAAGAGCGAGAGUUUGCCGAUCCUCAUUGCGGCGUUGCAGGCGGGUGCGAGUUUGUUCUCGGCGGCGGAGAAGAGGAGGGUGGUGGUUGCUGGGAGGGAGGUGGAGGGCGUGAAGAAGUGA